UCGUUUCCAUUCCGGGCGUCAUCAACUACGAUCCCGACGAGACGGCCAGCUUCAGCGAGCUUAUCAACUCUAAGGGUUACCUGUUAGAAGAGUACCACGUGUUGACAGAAGAUGGGUACAUCCUCACACUGCACCGAGUGGUCCCGCCCGGCUACGACCCAUCCACCUACUCUCUGACCCGAAAACCGGUCCUAGCAAUGCAUGGCAUCUUCAACGACGCCACCUACUUCUACUACAACUCGCCUCAUCUGCACUCCAACAACUCCUACUGCGGCGACAACUUAGGCUUUUGCACGUUAAAGUCAGGCCGAUAUGAUCUGUGGGCGGCAAACUCCCGCGGCAAUGGCCGCAGCACCGGCCACCUUCGAUACACCGAAAAGAAUAAGGAAUUUUGGAAGUUCAGCUGGGACCACAUGGCCGAGUACGACCUGCCGGCGCUGAUCGACUUUAUCCUCGCCCGGACCGGGCACCGGACGCUGGGCUACGUCGCCUUCAGCCAGGGCUGUGCCCAGGCGUGGGCGAUGCUUUCGCUGAAGCCGAGCUACGCCUACAAAAUGCGGCCUUUCAUCAACUGGGCACCGGCGGUGUUCAUCGGCCGGGCGACCUCGCUAAUUGGCGAGCCCCUCCGCCGCCUGUGGCCAAUCGGCAUGCCGCCCGGUCGCUUCUAUCCAAUUGGCAAUCAGCUCUCCAACUCACUGCAGCAGUGGUACAUCUGCAGGACAGAGGCGGGCGCCGCCUUUUGCAGCCGCCUCAUUGACUCGCUUUUUGGCAAAUCGAAUGUCAACAUCACCCGAAUUCCGACGUACGCCAACUGGGGCCCCAACCCCUCCUCCAACUGGCAGGUGGCUCACUUCGGGCAGAAUGGACAGGCGGGACGGUUUAGGCGCUUUGAUUACGGCUCCACAGGUGCAAAUAUGGCCAAAUACGGCUUACCGACGGCGCCCGACUAUCCGUUAAAAAGGAUUCCGAACGGCUUCAAGGCGGUGGUAAUGUACGGCGCCAGUGAUGCGGUGGUCGUUCCGCGGGACAUUCAGCAGCUGUUGGGAGAGCUGCGGGCAGCGGGCGUCGACGUGACGCCCCACCUGGUGCCCAGCAGCACCUGGAGCCACUGGGACUUUAUGUUGGGACUGAAUGCGGGCCUCUACGUGCAUGAUGACACACUGCACUACUUAGACAUGUACUCGGUUAAUGAUCAC